AUGUCGGGAAACGAACGGGAGGCUGCACCCAUCUUCAAGAAGCGCGGGAAAGCGACGUUCAAGCGCAAGCACGAGCAUGACCACGAGAGCGAGAGCGAGACGGACCAGCAGAUCUCGGUUGCGGAGAUCUUGCGGCAGCGCAAACAUUGCAAGGUUCGGCGACGCGCGAGUGACGCCCUACCGGCGAAGGACGAGCUUCAGCCAAGCUCGAUUGCGAACAAGCAACAGUCGGACGUGGACAGGAUGCACGGUCGCUUCGUGCCUCAGACGGGUCAGGUAGUGGGCAUGUACGACAAACAGAUGAAUGACUAUAUAGAGGCUAAAAUGGCUGAAUUCCGAAAUCAAAAGAGCGCAUCUGUUGCCGCUAGAGAAGAUUCGACCGCGUCCGCUGCCAAGACGAGUACGGGAACAUCGCACGAUAUUGCCACGCAGAAGCAAGACAAGCAGUCCGUAGCUGCAGGAAAGCUCAUCGAGGUUGAUCUCGGUGACAGCGUGUCCAAAUACCAGGAAGAAGAGGCCGCGAAGGCUUUAAAACCUUCCAAAGUUCGAUUAGGACGAGAUGGAAAGCCGUGGAGACCACGCAAGCGACGGGACAGCGAGAGUUUAGCAAGAGAUGCCCUCGUUGAAUCAGUGUUGAAAGAGAAUUCACUCUCGCGCUUUCAGGAUUUCAUGUCCUCGACCACAAGUACUGCCGCAAACAACGAGUAUGUCGAUGAGGAGGCCGUGCUUCAAAAUUUUAAGAGCAACUACCAGGAUCCAGUGCGGAGGGAAUCCAGGCGAGCGGGCCAUUCAACGAAGAGCGACCAGCCAAGGGGUCCAAAGUUGGGUGGCAGUAAGAAUGCCCGUCGCGCGAUGGAGGAGCAUGCUGCUGGAAAGAAGAUGUGA